CCGCGAUUAUCACUGCCCGUUGUUCACUCCACUAAUUACUGCUGAACUGUACAAGCAGCCCGCCUCAUUUCACAGCAGUCAGCGAAACUUGAAAGUGAAUACCUCCAGAAAACCCUCCAAGUUACCUUAACUCAAGUCCCUCUUCUCUCAGCCAUGGAUCUCGACGAAACAAUGACGACGUCAACCACCUCCACGCCCUCCCCCUCCGCAUUCCAAGACACCGGCGAUAUCGACGUCGACGAGUCCUUCGACGACGACACCCCCAACAAUCUACUUCCCGACAACCCGGCUGGUCCAACUAACGGCCAGCACCAGCACAAUCAUCCACGCACCCCUCCCCCGGCCAACGACCACCUCAACGCCGCUGCGCCCGGCGAACUCUCUCCACCUCGAUCACAGCCGAAUUCGCAGAGUAGCGGUACCGAUGGUGGACCGACGACCAAUCUUCUGAACGGUGGUCGGGCAAAUACAUCGGCGGCCAGGACAACAAGACAGUCCACACAGAUGGCGGGAACUCAUCGCGAGGAUGCCAAUGGUGGUGGUGGUGGCGGCGGCAUACAGUCAGACCAAACGGAGCAGGAUGAACGGCCGGGAUGGGGAUGGAAAAACAAGAAAGCACAGGAGGAUAUGCAGCGGGCGUGGGAUAGUAUUGUUGAUCGGGAUUUUAGUCUCAAGGAAUAUGGCGAUGUGGUCAUGCAGGGAAAGGCGCAGUUGGGGCAGUAAUGAUACGAAAAUGGGAGAUCAUCAGGCGGUAAUUGAUAGUUACGGCGCACACUUGCUUGCUACAUGUUGAGGGCGUUUGGGCAGGCACUUAGGUAGCAGGGGAAAAGCAGACUUCAUUGAUGAUUAAACGACGGAUGGCUUGAUGCUACCGUCAUCAUCAAAUUCCAUCAACUGGGUGCAUAAUCAAUCAAUCUGUGUUGGUUUGGUGUUGAUUUCCUUUUGCGCAUGGUAGUUCAAUCGCAAGGAGUCAAUCUGCUUUGCUGGGAGCAGCCCGUAGAUGGUGGCAGCUCGUUAUGUACCUCAGGGUACUACCUAGGUAGUAUCAUGAAACCCGAGGCUGACCGGUCACUCGGUGUCCCGACAAUCCUAUCCUUCGCAUUCCUGCA